AUGACGCGCACACGACACGGCAAAAAGACCCACCACGCACGACGUGAUGUCAAACGUGGCAUGAGGACAAGAGCUAGGAAGCUCGAUCCCGAUCAGAUCCAAGCCAACCUCAACGAUCCCAAGAAGCUUGAUGAGCUGCAGAACCCAAAAGAACUCGAUGUUGACAAGGCUGGUCUCGGUCUGUUCUACUGUGUCGAGUGCGACCGCAACUUUCCCUCUCAAAAGGAUCAACUCACCCACAUCGCUUCCAAGCUGCACAAGCGACGGGCGAAAAAGAUCACCGAGGAGCCUGCCUAUACGAUCGAGGAGAGCUUGAGGGCCGUUGGUAUUGGUAUCGAUAACAAGCAGCGCACAUCUAAGCCUGCCGCGCCCGCCAACUCGAUGGCUGCUUGA